AUGCUACUCUAUCCUGUUCGCUGGGGCCCUGACGCCAAACUGCAAGAUGAAUAUAUUUACGGUCUCAUUGUUCCCGUCCUACCCUCCUGGUUGCCCACGAGGACGGGAAUCCCCCAAGAAGAGGUGCAAUUCUGGACCUCCGCCAUGCUGGCGGCUUUCGGCUUUGCAAACCUAUUAGGCUCACCUUUCCUCGGCUGGCUCGCCAAUCGGAGUCCUUCGCGAAAGACUUUUCUACUUCUCGGCCUGCUCUUGCUGGGGGCCGCGACCGUGAUGCUCAGUCUUGGAACAGACAUUUAUGUUCUAGUCGUGAGUUGGUUCUUUCAGGAUCUCUCCGCGGCUAUCAUAUAUACCGGCGGACUGGCUCUUGUAAAGGAUACGGUUGGCCUUGAUGAGAUCGGGAAAUGGAUGGGCUUCGUGCUGUCAUUCGCAAACGCAGGAUUUCUCAUAUUGCCAACUCUGGGAGGACUCAUUUACGGCAAGCUGGGCGCUAAUGCUAUCUUUCUUACCAUGGGAAUCAAUGUUAUGCUCGAUAUUAUACUCAGGCUUGGUAUGGUGGAGAAGGCCGGUCCGAGAUCUAACCACCUACCUGAGAAUGGAGAUAGGCAACCCAUAGCACUUCUAUGCGUGCUGCUCACGGUUCUUGGCUUCGCGUUUUCUCUCACUAUCCCGCCGCUGGCGGCUGAUUUGGCGUCCGCUGUCGAACACAUCAUUGGAGAAAACCCAGAGAUCGGAGGCGAAGCAGGAGCCUAUGGGCAGGCCUUUUACCUGCUCAAUUGUGGCAUACCGGCAGGAGUGCUAGCAGGUCCAUCGCCGGCUGGGUUCUUUCACGAUACGUUCGGAUGGAGGGUAAUGGGCUGGACCUUGGCGGUGCUGAGUGCAUCAGCUGUGUUGCCAAUAGCAGCAUUCACCGGUAAUCAAGAGAGCGGUAGCAGAGAAGAUCUUAACGUGGCAUGA